AUGUUCAGAAAAGCCUGUUCAGUUGUCGACAGCAUCUUUGCGCUGCCCUGGCUGACCAAGAAGACAAGGGAAUGUGGCGUAGACCUGCAUGUGCUCUUCAUAUAUAUUAAGAAGGCACGUGACAGCAUCUACCGGGAGUACCUGAUGAAUUGCCUAACCGAGUUUGGAAUACCAAAGAAACUCAUCAGCCCAGUUCGAGUUUUUUCAAUGAUUCAAAAGGCAAGUAAAUCUCGGGAAUCAAGUCAUGGAGAGCUUUUACGUCAACAUAGGGCUCAGACUAGGAGGCAGUGUGCCACCGAUAUCUUCGGCCCGGCUCUCGAAAAGAUAAUGAUGCUAGCUUUCAACAGGAAGCCCGAGGCGUUCCAGGUGGAGGAUGACAAAAUCACUCAUCUCGCAUCUGCCGACGAUGCGAUCCUGUUGUCCAGACCUAAGAAAGAAAUGAUGACGAUGAGCGACAGCGUGGAGGCGGCAGCGAACAAAAUCGAUCUUCUUGUUACAGAAUCGAAGACCGAGUAUCUGAUUAUCGUUUUCAGGACACCUGUCCCACAGUCAAAUAUGCCUCUACAAACAUUCUUUGCAAAGGAUCGAACCAAUCUUGUGACACAGACAGGAUGGAGAUCUUGUGCAGGUGGGCGGCCAAACAGUCACAUCAAGUAG